CCUGGAGGUGGGAAAGAUGAGGGUUUUCACAUGGCUUCUUCUCUCUUCCCCAGGGUUCUCUCUGGUGGACUUUGAGACUCAGACACACAGGUCUUCCAUGGCUCCUUACCACAUCCGCAAAUACCAGGAGAGCGACCGCCCCUGGGUCCUGGGCUUGCUCUCCCAGGGCAUGGAUGAGCAUGUCCCCCGCACCUUCCGCCACCUCCUGAAGUUGCCGAGAACACUUGUGCUCUUGCUUGGGGGGCCCCUCGCCCUGUUUCUGGUCUCUGGUUCCUGGCUCCUGGUCCUCGUGGCCAGCCUUACCCUGCUCAUCGCCCUGAGGUUCCUUGCUCAAUACCCCUGGAGCCAGUUUGUGACCAACAGUCUGCACACGGACAUGUCUGACAUCAGCAAAUCCUACCUCAGUGAGCCGGGCUCCUGCUUCUGGGUGGCUGAGAGCGAGGGGCAGGUGGUGGCCAUGGUGGGAGCUCUGCCUGCUGAGAAGCCCACGGCGCGGAAGGAGCAGUUGCAGAUGCUCCACUUAAGUGUGGCCUUGGAGCACCGGCGCCGGGGGCUAGCGAAGGCCCUAGUCAGGACUGUCCUCCAGUUUGCAGCACACCAAGGCUACAGAGAAGUUGUCCUCACCACCAGCAUGAUGCAGCAUGCCGCCCUGGCCCUCUACCAGCACUUCGGCUUCCAGACCACGCGCCAGUACUUCUUCACCAAGAGCUGGGCGCUAAUCGCUGUCCCUGAAUUUCAAUUAACCUACUGGCUGCCCUCUGCUCAGGACUCUCAGGCACCAGGGCAGAGAGAGGGCCAAUGAUCUGUUUCCUGAUUAGUCAGGACGGCCCUGCAGCAGUAACAAGGGAGCCCCGAGAUCUCAGCAGUACAGGAAGUUUGUUUGUUAGCAUGGAAACCCCACAGGGAUGGCCAUGGCUCUGACCCUUUCAGCCUUUUUAUGUUGUCACUGUUGCAUUUAUUUAGUGACACAAGAGUAUUGCAUAAAAUCAAUCACAAACGAAUAAUAAACAUUUACUUAGCUAUUCAUAAAGAACAUGCCCUGCCUCUUUUAAAAUAGUGAGACAUUUGCUUAGAAUUUUAAACAUAAUAUAAUAUGGGGUAAUUGAGGAUAAAAUUAUAAUGAAGGUAAUCUAAAAGUAGCUGAGGUUAUAAAUACCAUCAGCUCUCUGAUAUAAAUGGAUUGCGUAUUCAAUUUUGUCCUUGACAGAAAGAAAAGCAAAGGAAGCUUAUUGUUUUCAUUGCUUGACUUAGGGAGAUGUUGGAAUAGAGUUGCUCUUUUGUUCUAUGCAAGUGAAUAGAAAAUAAUACUUCUUAUGCUCUCUAGGCAUUAUAAAAAGUUGUAGACUGCUCAAUAAGCAACUGUAUGCUUUAAAAUUUAAUUAUCAAUUAAUAAUCUAAAAAAAUCUUGGGUGAGAAUCCUUUAAAAUAUUCAGAUUUAUAACUUUCAGAGAA